AAAAUGUUCCAUAUAAUUACGCGAGGUAUUUCUACAACGGCGGCUUUGUCAGGAAAAAGAAAUUUUCGAAAAUUCCUGCUAUACAACAAGCGAGGAACACGAAUUUUCAAACAACAGCGUGCCGCCAACCCAAACCUGUACACGGACAUCCCAAUCGACAAGCGAGGUGUACGUGAUACCGGCGUAACUGUUGAUGGGAAUUUCAUAGAAAUAAAGGAAAGGAUACCAGAGUUGAUUGUUCCCAACCUGGAAGGCUGUAAGUUUAAACCGUACGUAUCGUACAAGGCUCCCGAUGUAGUGCAAUCGGAAUUCACAAGCCAAGAUCUGUUCAAUUCGGUGUAUGCCCAAAAAAUCAUAAGCGAUUGGAAGAGUGGAAAACUGAACGACGAUGGAAGUCCGAUGGAACCGUCCAAGGAGGAAUCAAUGUCAGCUGAGGACGCGUGGAUUAAGGCUAGAAAAACUGGAUCGGAUAUCUUUUGA